AUGGAGGUGGUAGUACUAGAAAAUAUGAUGCAUAGCCCAAAUAUGUUUGAAGAUAGUCAAUUACAUAAUGUAAAUACAUGCUUUAAAGAAACUGGACAGUUGAAUAAUAAGUUGGUUACAGUUGAGAACAAGAAGAGUGAAGAUGAUGAUGUGAUUAUUCCUCAAAUACCUACAACUAGUUAUCAACACGAUUGGAAUACUUGGUCACCAGGUGCAUUACGUCACCCAAUUUCCAGUAAUUUGCAAACUGGUAAAGCAAAAACCAAGUAUAAUAGUCAACUAAUACAGAAAAGGAGGAAUCAUAAUAAUAGUUUAAAUUUAAAUAAAAAGAAUGAGGUCUAUGAACAACAGUUGGAUUUGGUUAAGAUGGAAAGUGAGAGAACAGCAAUGCGUUUUGAAUGGGAUAAAAUUGAACAUGAGUUACGUGUCAAAGCUUUGGAAUUGGAUAUAGAAAUUAAAAAAAAACAUUAUUGA